AUGAUGCAACAGUGGAAUGGUGGUUUGCAUCCUCAAGGGGUUCCACAAGAAGCUGCAGGUGGUAGUUUCCGAGAUUUCUUCCGCAUGAAUCCUCUAAAAUUACAUGGUGGGUUGAAUCCUGUGAAGGCUCAGGAGUGGAUAACCGGCAUGGAAAGGAUUUUUCAGAUAUUGCAUUGUAGUGAAGAAAAUAAGGUUGUGUUUGCUUCUCACAUGAUGAAGGGUCCAACUAAAGAGUUUGAAUUUCAACAGCUUAGACAAGGUACUAUGUUAGUAGUUGCAUAUGCUGAGAAGUUCGAAGAUAUGGCUGCUUAUUCUAGGCAGGCCGCGUACGUACCUGAUGAGAGUUUGAAGAAAGUUCAAGAAAAAAGGGAUCAAUAUAGGAGUGGACAGAGAGACCAAGGGAGGCCAGGUAGCCAAUUUAGGCCUAGAUCUCAGGCUUUCAAGGGAAAGCAGGUGCAACAUGCAAGACCUAACCAACCUCCUCAAUGUCAAAAGGAAGGACACAUGUCUAGAGAAUGUCCUCAGAAUAAGAAUCAAAUACAAGGGAGGAGCACUGGUCGAGUUUAUACUUUGGAUGCAACGAAGGCUAAGAGCAACAAUGCCUUAAUUGCUGGCACAUGUCUCAUCAAUAAUCAUCCUUGUUAUGUAUUGUUUGAUUGUGGGGCGACACAUUCUUUUGUAUCAAUUUGGUGCAUGAAGCAUCUUGGCUUGCAAGCAAUUCCCUUGUCUCCUCCUAUGGUGGUUACUAUUGCCAUGGGUAAUGUGGUUGAGACACCGUUGAUUUGUGAAAAUUGUUCGCUUUCGAUGAAUGGUAGAAUUUUCCAGAUUGAUCUUAUUUGCUUACCACUUAAGAAGGUUGAUGUAGUUUUGGGGAUGGAUUGGCUUUCCGCCAAUUCAGUGUUUAUUGGUUGUGAAGAGAAGUUGAUUAUCAUUCCAUCUAGUGAAGCUACUCCAAAGUAUGUAUUAACUACUAUCUUGGAAGGUACGGUUGACAUGGUUAAUUUCUUAUUUCAGAAUGAAAAGUCAGUUCUCUUGGUCCUUACCAAGGAAUCUAGUGAUAGCCUGAGUGUUACACAAAUUCCUGUUGUUUGUGAAUUUCCGGAAGUUUUUCCUGAGGAUGUCAUCUCUCUUCCUCCUGAAAGGGAAGUGGAAUUAUCUAUUGAUCUGAUACCUAGGACGGCUCCAAUCUCCAUUUCUUCGUAUCACAUGGCGCCACUAGAGUUGAGAGAGUUGAAGAAUCAAUUGGAAGAUUUGUUAACCAAGCAUUUCAUCUGA